UUAUAAGAGUAGUUUUGGCCAGGAGUACCUGUAUAAGCCUUUAUUCAUUUAUCAGCCAUGAAUGUGAUGGAUUAUGAACAAUUUGAUUGCUCAUUUACCCCUUCCUUCAUGAAUCAACUCCAUGAGUGUACCUUAGAAAAUGUAAAUGCAAAUGCAUUUCCUAUCCAAGAAGAUGAUCUCUUAUCUCCAAAUUCCAUCUUAGAUGAAAUGUUUGAUCAUGAUCAAUCAGAAAAUCUGUCACCUCCAAAUACCAUUCUGGAUGAAAUAUUUGAUCAACAGUCCAUGGAAGAGUUGCUGCAGCAACAUAACCAGGACUUUGAUGUCAUGAAUCUUGAUCUAGGGAAUGAGUUAUGUCAUGGAGUUAGUCAGAUAACCCAGAAGAAUGUGCAUGUUUCAAAGGAAGCUGAUAAAGAUUCAUAUUUGAAUGGAAUUCAAGCAGAGCUAAUGGAAGAGACUAGUUUAGUUGAUCUCUUGCUGACAGCAGCUGAAGCUGUUGAAGCACAGAACUGGUAUCUUGCUUCAGAGAUAAUUGAGAAACUAACCAAUGAUGCCUCAUCUUUACAAAAUGGAGAUAGUUUAUUGAACAGGUUGGCUCUUUUCUUUGCACAGGGCCUGUUUGAUAAAAGUUCAUCUCCAACUCCUAAAUUACAGUACUACUGUGAUCCUGUUUCUACACAGACAGACACUUUCUGUGUGUUGCAGAUACUUCAAGAACUCUCUCCCUAUGUAAAAUUUGCUCAUUUCACAGCCAACCAAGCAAUCCUUGAAGCUACAGACGGUGUUGAAGACGUUCACAUCAUUGAUUUUGACAUCAUGGAAGGGAUCCAAUGGCCACCAUUGAUGGUUGACCUUGCAAUGAGGAAGAGCACUAGUACUACUUCACUCAGAGUAACAGCAAUCACAGUGGACCAGCAAAGUGCUGCCUCUGCUCAUCAAACAGGUAGAAGGCUCGAAGAGUUCGCGGCUUCGAUCAAUUUCCCAUUCACUUUCAAUCAGGUAAUGAUGGUGAGUGAAGAAGUUCUUCAAAGAAUUGAACUUGGUCACUCCCUCAUAGUCAAUUGCAUGAUACACCAGUGGAUGCCAAACAGGAGUUUCUCAUUGGUCAAAACAUUUCUUGAUGGUGUGACCAAGUUAUCUCCCAAGCUUGUUGUUUUAGUUGAGGAAGAGCUUUUUAAUUUUUCUAAACUCAAAUCCAUGUCAUUUGUGGAGUUUUUCUGUGAGGCUUUGCAUCACUACACUGCAAUUUCUGAUUCACUUGCUAGUGGUAUGUGGGGUAGCCAUAAGGUGGAGUUUGCCCUGAUAGAAAAACAGGUUCUGGGGCUUAGAAUUUUGGACAGUGUGAGGCAGUUCCCUUGUGAAAGAGAGGAGAGAAUGUUGUGGGAAGAAGGGUUGUUUUCAUUGAAAGGGUUUAAACGUGUUGGUGUGAGUAGCUCUAAUAUCUCUCAAGCUAAGUUCUUGGUGAGCCUGUUUGGGAAAGGGUAUUGGGUGCAAUUUGAGAAGUGUAGGUUGGCUUUGUGUUGGAAGUCAAGGCCUUUGACUGUGGCUUCAAUCUGGGUACCAAUGACUAAUCUGAGUGACAAGGUCAAAUAGAUUACUGAGUAUUUGUUGUUUUCUUUUAAAUGUUGAGGUGAUGAUAUAAGUGAUUAGAGGGUUAAGUGAUGUUUGUGGGAUUCUUCAUUCCAGUAAAUGGGAUGCGAUUAAGGAGAUUUCAAUAUAUUUGUACAAAUUUAUUAGUUGAGGCUCUCUAAAUUAUUAAUGUAUGAGAGUAUGUUUGCUCUUCCUCUA